AUGUACGAGGGAUACACCAAUGACACGAUCGCUCUUCCUAUACGCGUGAUGAAGCUAUUGGGAGUCAAAAUUCUUAUGGUUAGUAAUGCUGCUGGUGGUCUCAACAGAAGUCUCAAAAUUGGUGACUUCGUGAUCUUGAAAGACCAUAUUUAUCUUCCCGGACUAGGAUUAAAUAAUGUUCUUGUCGGACCGAAUCAGGAGGAAUUUGGUCCUCGAUUCCCAGCACUUUCGGAUGCUUAUAACAGUGACCUACGAAAACUAGCUAUACAAGUAGCUGUAGAAAACGGCUUUGGGAAUUUGGUUCAUCAAGGUGUCUACGUGAUGAAUGGUGGACCCUGUUACGAAACACCUGCUGAAAACACGAUGCUUCUUAACAUGGGUUGUGAUGUAGUCGGUAUGAGUACGAUACCGGAAGUUGUAAUUGCUCGGCACUGUGGAAUUCAAGUGUUUGCUGUUUCACUAGUUACAAAUAUAAGUGUUCUGGAUGUUGAAAGCAGUGUGAAGGCGAACCAUGAAGAAGUCUUGGCCACGGGUGCUCAGCGUGCUGAAUUGAUGCAAUCAUGGUUUGAGAAGAUAAUUGAAAAAACUGCCCAAAGAUUGA